CCGUCCGUCCGUCCGUUUCUUUCCGUCAGACGUUGAAAUCGUCGAAAAGUAAAGUCGCGCAACGUAGUUCCGAGCGCGAUCGAGCACGCGAUCGGUGUGAUACUCCAGCAUGCUCCGCGAGGAGCAACACGCGCGCGAGUGAUCCCGGCGAGAUAUAUUGGAAGGACACUCGUCGUCAGCUGUGAUCCGCGCGGAGAGCGAUAUCCUCGUAUUGUGAUUCUUUCCGACGGAUGAUCACGUUUUUCCCUCGCCCGGAGGAUACUUUCGAGUGUGUAUCGUAUAUAAUUAUUCGGCCUGGUGUAACCGCGACGAGGACGAUCGCGUACUGCUUGACAACACACACAGUGCGUGGAUGAAGAACGUGCGUCGAUGUGUGUUUUCUGUGCUGGAUAAGGGCGAGCGGCGAUGACGCGUGCUGUCACGACGGACUGAUACGCGUUCAUAGAUGCGACGGUGUGCGAAAUAUUGGAAAAGGGUUUGAUACGGAAGUGUAUCUCUCGAGAGGAAGAGGAAUUAAACGGAAGCGUUUCGGUGGAUGAUAUUGCAUAGGCCGGAAAUCACGCGGCGCGUGAACGUUUCAGGCACGGCGAGGAACGCGAGAAGCGCGCAAAAUGGUGGCUCGCUACGUCAAGCGGAGAGAGGUCAGGUCGGGUCACAGGCCAGGACGGCUGACACCGAGGGAUUAAAACGUGUCGAAUGGAUGUGGGCGAUCUGUCGGGCCCGGCAGGAUUGGUAGGGAGCGGAUCCAUCUCGAUUACGACGGGUGUUGGUGGUAUUAUCGCCAACGCGACAUCCGCCACCCCAGGGUGGUGGGCGCCUACGUCGACGAUCACAUCGGCAGCGGCCAACACCGACGUGAUGAAUCAGCUCUGCAGGGUUUGCGGAGAGCCAGCCGCGGGUUUUCACUUUGGGGCCUUCACGUGCGAAGGCUGCAAGUCCUUCUUCGGGCGCACCUACAACAAUCUGGGUAGCAUAUCCGAGUGCAAGAACGGCGGCGUCUGCGUGAUCAACAAGAAGAAUCGCACCGCAUGCAAGGCAUGUCGCUUGCGGAAGUGCCUGAUGGUGGGCAUGUCCAAGUCCGGCUCGCGUUACGGCCGGCGCUCCAAUUGGUUCAAGAUACACUGCCUGCUGCAGGAGCAGUCCCAGCAGGCGCAAAAUCGCCUGAUCAAGGAUCCGAAGUCCGCGUACGAGAAGGCGUUCGGCUCGUUAGACGCCGCGAAUAACAAUAAUAACAACAACACCGAGAACGCAAGUAACACUAGCGCCAGCAGCAUCGUCGGCACCAUCACCACGGCGACCACCACGGCGAACAGUUACCAUCAUCACCUGCACCACCAUCACCAUCCGGACCGGUUGCCCAAGAGGGAGGACGGUGCGCUCAGGCCACCGGAUAUCCCGGUGCAGCUAAGGUCACCCGACAUCCCGCCGAGAACCAGCCAGGAGGCGAUUCUGAGGCCUGCCGAUCUGCCGAGGGCGCCCCACGAGAUGCUCAGGCCCGAGGUCUCGAGGUUCCCCAUGUGGCGGGGCCCGCCGUUGUUUCAUCCGGCGCUCACGCACAUGCAGCUCCUGAACACGCCAUUCUUUCCGUUUCAGCAACGCUUUAUCGUACCUUACGUGAAUCAAGUGGGUCCGCCGCAGAUGGCGACCAGCCUGUCGAGCUCGUCCAGCGAGAGCGUUAGUCCGCGAUCGACUCCGUCGCCGACGAAGAGAAGCGAGGAGAAUCGAGAGUGCCGCGAGGUUGACCGCGAGACCGUUGAACGAGACCGAUGUCCGAGAGCGGGCUCGAUAGAGGUCGCGUAUGACAAGAAUCUGACGUUCUUGCGAUCCCUCGGGCCGGAGCAGGACGAGCCGAUGGACCUCACUAUGAAGGACACACGGACGGACGGACAGGAGGUGGACGCUGGUAGCAUGGAGGAGGAGGAGGAGGAGGAGAAGUCGAGCAACAGCGAGGAAAAUGAGCUUCUGCAGGACACCGGACCGCCGUUGGAUCUCACCCGGAAGACAUGACCUCAGAUACCAAAUGGUGCUCACUAAAGUGCUCAACAAGAACUCCGAUCCGAUCGGAAAAAAAUCGUCGCCGGUGUCGCCCUCCGCGAAAUUCGCGUGGAUAGUGGGGCUAUAGUGUUGCCGAGUAAUUUGUUGGAAAAGAAGCUGACGAUUCGAAGCCCCUCCUUCCCGUUGACAGGAGGAAAGAAACGGACGGUGGUCGAAGGAAAAGACGAAUGGAUGGGAAAAUGAUGUAAGACGAAGAAGAAGAAGAAGAAGAAGAAGAAGAAGAAGAAGAAGAAGAAGGAGGAGGAGGAGGAGGAGGAGGCAAAGAAAGAUACGGUGAAGAAGAGAAUGGAGAAGAACGCGCGAAUCACACGAGAUGCGGAGAGAGGGUGAAAGAAGGUACAGUUACAUCGUAAUAACGUGGCGAGCGAGAAGCACGGCCCGAGUGUCAAAGGUGCCUCGGCGCAAGAAACGAGGAGGCGACUUCAAGAGGGAAAGAGGAGUAGCCGAAUACGAUUACGUUGGAA